CUUCAGAUGUAACCAGACAUCAACAGCUUCACAGCUUCUCUGGACACGUUUCACCUCGGAUUUACUUCAGUAAAAACAAUUUACUGCUUUGUCGUGAAAGCUUUUUCCUUCACCAUGGGCUCUCUCUUUUCAAAGCCCACACCUCCACCUUCCCCCACUUUUGAUAAACCAUGGAGAAACAUACCAUGGGGGAAUAGAAAUGAAGACUUUGAUUAUGUGAAGAAUUUUAAGUCUUGUUCAGAAGCCAAAUAUCUCAGAGUGCUGCUGCAUGGACCACCAGGCUCUGGAAAGUCCAGCUUCCUCAACUCUGUUGACAGCGCUCUACGGGGAAGAAUUUCAACUCGAGCUUUGGCAGCUACAAAAUAUGGCAGCAGCUUCACAAAAGAAUACCGAAAUUACAAAAUCCAGACAGAAAACCCUGGGACCUUUUAUCCCCUUGUCUUCAGUGACACCUUUGGUAUUGAGAAGGGCUCUGGGAGAGGAGUUGAUCUGGAAAAUAUCAAACUGAUCCUGAAAGGACACAUCAACGAAGGAUUCAAGCUCCUUCCUGGCAGUACCCCAACUGAACCCUACUACAAUGAAACUCCGACCAUCAAUGACAAAGUUCAUGUCCUGGUUUGUGUUGUUGAUGCCACUACAGUAGAUCUGAUGGAGAAUGAGUCUGUUAACAAGAUAAAGGAGGUCAGAGAAGAAGCCCGAGAAUUGGGAAUCCCCCAAAUAGCUAUCCUCACCAAAAUUGAGGAAGCCUGUUCUGAGGUUGAAAAAGAUAUCAGGAAUGUCUACAAGAGCAAGAGCCUGAAAGAGAAGAUGCGGCAACUGAGUGUGAUCCUGGGGAUUCCAAUGAACUGCAUCUUCCUGGUGAAGAACUACAGUGAAGAAACCAAAACAGAUGAGGUCACUGAUGCACUGAUCCUGGACAUAAUGAGAAAGAUCAUCGACUAUGGAGAAGACUUCCUGAAUGACACCUUUUCUCCUGUGAACACUGACUAACCUGUCAGUGAUUACAAGUUCAAGUUUCUUUUGCAACCAGUCAUGACAGCGCUGUCCUGUACUGAGCUUUGUUUGUAGUGAGAUUGGGAAUAUUAAAUUGAGUUUCUUUUUUU